AUGGUUGCUAACAGCAGGCACAGAGACAGCAGGAGCAGUGCAAUGUCGUCAGCAGAGAUGGAGCAGUUGCUACAGGCCAAGACGCUGGCCAUGCACAACAACCCGACGGAGAUGCUACCCAAGGUCCUCGAGACCACGGCGUCCAUGUACCACAACGGCAACCUCAGCAAGCUGAGGUUGCCCCUAGCCAAGUUCUUCACACAGUUGGUGCUGGACGUGGUGUCCGUAGACUCGCCAAUUGCCAACACGGAGAGGCCGUUCAUCGCGGCACAGUACCUGCCCGUGCUUCUUGCCAUGGCACAGUCCACCACGGAUGUUCUGGUGUACAAGAACAUCGUGCUCAUCAUGUGUGCGUCAUACUCGCUGGUGCUAGACCUGGUCGCCAAGACGUCGAAUGCGGAGACGUUCGACCAGCUGUGCGCAUUGAAGGCGUUUGUACUCUCGCACUGGAGGACCGCGUACCCGUUGCAAACUACCACUCACGACGAGGGCGACGUCGAGCCAUGGCUGGCACAGAUCGAUAAGAACGUGGGUGUCAAGCUGGCCACGAUCAAGUUCAUGUCCGAGGCCGUGCUGGCUCAGACCAAGUCCUCCAACGGCAACGACAUCAACUCCGCCAGCGUCCCCGACAACCACCCUGUGCUAAACCGGUCGGCACUGGAGAACGAGGCCAAGAAACUGCUGGACACGCUGCUAAACUACCUCAUCGAGGAGCAGUACAUGGUCUCGCCUGUCUUUAUCGGCAUCAUCAACACCCUGUCCUUCAUCAUCAAGAGACGUCCACAGACAACCAUAAGAAUUCUUUCCGGCCUCUUGCGGUUCAACGUCGACGCCAAGUUCCCGUUGGAGGGCAAGCCGGACCUGAACUACAGAUUGUCCAAGAGGUUUGUAGAGAGAGCGUACAAGAACUUCGUGCAGUUCGGGCUGAAAAACCAGAUCAUCACCAAAUCAUUGUCGUCGGGCUCGGGCUCAGGCUCAUCGAUCUAUUCCAAGUUGACCAAGAUCUCACAGACACUACACGUAAUUGGUGAAGAAACCAAGAGCAAGGGUAUCCUGAACUUCGACCCCUCCAAGGGCAACAGUAAGAAAAGUUUGUCCAAGCAGGAUAAACUGAAGUACAUCUCGCUAUGGAAAAGACAGCUAUCUACGCUACAGUCCACCGCGGCCGUGGAAAGGAAGGCCUCUUUGCCCGUUCCUGCCCUCACAGCAGUAGCCUCAACGGAAAACAUGCUCGAUCAAUUGAAAAUCCUACAGAAAUACACCCUCAACAAGGCCUCCCACCAGGGAAACCACUUCUUCAACAACUCGCCCAAACCUAUCACCAACACGUACUCGUCCGUGUACUCGCUGAUGAACAGCUCGAACUCCAAUCAGGACGUGACCCAGCUGCCCAACGACACGCUGAUCAAGCUGUCCACGGAGGCUAUCUUGCAAAUGGACACCACGAGACUAAUAUCCGGGUUGUCUAUCGUCGCUUCAAGGUACACGGACCUGAUGAACACGUACGUGAACUCGGUACCGUCCUCGUCGUCCYCGAAGAGAAAGUCAGACGAUGACGAAGACGAUGACGACGUAAACAACGGCGACGACGACGGCCUGGCGGACAACAGCAAGAAAGUCAAAGUCGAGGUAGAGGAGCCAACGGAGGACCCCGAGGACCCCGAAGACGACGACCGCAUGCAAAAGAUGCUACAAGAUGAAACCGCUCAAGAGGACGCGGGCGGUGCCACCCGACCCAGCUCCACCGCGAGGGAGAUUGCGCCCCCCUUCCAACCUGACUCAUUGACGCAGGAUGAAAAGCUAAACUACCUUACCAGGCUGACCACGAAGUUGUUUGAGCUGUCCAACCGCCAGGACUCCACCCCAGCGUCAAAGUCGCUGCCGCCCUCCCCCAUCCUACUGGACGACGACGACUCGUCGUCGUGGCUCCACGUCCUUAUAAGACUGGUCACGAGGGGAAUUGCAGCCCAGGAGGCCAGCGACCUCAUCCGCGAACAACUGCUCGCCUUCUUCAUCCAGGACUUCGAGCAGCGCGUCAGCCUGAUCAUCGAGUGGCUCAACGAGGAAUGGUUCUUCCAGACCUCGCUGCGCCAGGAACCGGCCAACUACAACAAGUGGUCCCUGCAGGUGCUCGAGUCCCUGGGGCCGUUCCUGGAAAACAACCACAGACGGUUCUUCAUCCGCCUCAUGAGCGAGCUGCCCAGCCUCCACGCCGGCCACCUCGAUGCCCUCAAGCCCAUAUGCCUGGACCCGGCCAGAAGUUCGCUGGGGUUCCAGACGCUCAAGUUCCUUGUCAUGUUCAGACCCCCAGUGCAGGCCAUUGUUCGCGACCUGCUCCUCCAGCUCAAGCAGGAGGACGAAGGCUUGCACAAGCAGUGCGACUCCCUCUUGGACAGACUGCAAUGA